UAGAUUAGGAAUUAUCUAAAAGGCAGGCAAGUACAGAGCAAUUUAUUAUCUUUAAAAUGUUUUCUCCGGUAGGCCUCUCCAAGGCAAGGAGUCAGUUCUGGUUCAACGUUUGUUCCGAGAGGAGGUUUGGUAUAAUCGAAACGUUUCUACUGUGAAUAUUGUUCUGUUGCAUCUGUGAACAUUUGUUUCGUAAUGUCUUCUCGUCCUCAACCAUCUACAUCUGCUGCUGGCCCAUCAAAUGCACGUCCUACUGGAGCGGAUGCAGCUCCAAGAGUGCCAGUUCAUCUACAAGGCGCCAUAAAAAAAACCACAAUAUCAGAAACUACAAAAACUACAAAGAAAUCAAUAAAAAAAACGGAAUCAGCAGCAAGUAAGUUAGAACCCCUGGAGAAAAUGGAACCCACAAAGUUUGAUGAUGAAGAUGAUCUUCCUAUUGCAGAUCUGAUUCCCCCUACGAAAAUUGUGAAAACCAAAACAUGUAGGCCUAAUGUUGAUGAAGUUCGGGAUGUGCUUCCAGACCACCUGCAGAAGAUGAUGAUAAACGCACCUAGCCAUGAUGAUGGUGAUUCUGAUGUUGAUGAUUCUGAAGAUAAUCAUUCUGAUGAUGAUACUUCACUCUCAAAGUUACACCUUGAUCACUCUCAACGACCGCUUUAUCGUCCAGCUAGGAAAUUUGUGAAGUACGCGCCUGUUUAUCGCAGGACUUCAUCUGGAAUAAUUACGGUGCAUCAGGAAACAGCGAUUUUUUCCGACUCCACAAGUAACAUAUACUUGUUACCAACGAUUCCUCUACAAACCAUAGAGGAAGAAAAGGCUGAAGAAAGAGGGGGAAAAAGGUCCUUGAUGGAGAGACUAGUGGCAAGAGCCCAGGAUGAAGGAGCUUGGUCUGCAGCAUUAGGAGUUGAGAGCGCGUGCAAAGGAAGUGGAGCUUCAUCCGCUAAGACCAAGUCAUCUUCAAAACCAUCAACAGUUGGAAGGACAUGUAGUAAAAGUGGAGCAGCCACUAGGCCAACUCCAGCUCCAUCAAAAAAUAGAAAAAGUGAAACAACCACUAGGCCCACUUCAGUUGCAUCAGCAGUUGGAAGGACAUGUAGUAAAAGUGGAGCAGCCACUAGGCCAACUCCAGCUCCAUCAAAAAAUAGAAAAAGUGAAACAACCACUAGGCCCACUUCAGUUGCAUCAGCAGUUGGAAGGACAUGUAGUAAAAGUGGAGCAGCCACUAGGCCAACUCCAGCUCCAUCAAAAAAUAGAAAAAGUGAAACAACCACUAGGCCCACUUCAGUUGCAUCAGCAGAUGAUAGAGUGGCAAGCAGUAGGCCUAUAUCUGCCUUACCAGUACGUGCGGUACCAACCAGAUCGGUGACAGCCAGAAUAGCCGAGGCAGCAUUGUUACCGGCGCAGUGUCUGCGUAGCAGUACCAAGAUUAAACAGGGACCACCAAUAAGGAAUGUUACUGAACUAAGGCAAUCGACUGGCCAAAGAGCUUCAUUAAGUCCAGAUUAUAAAGAAAUCGGGAGCUUAUCUAUGGUAUUCUGUUGCUUUUGCUAUCGCUGUAGCCAGCAGCGGAAUAUCAAUAUGGUAGUACAGAAGUGCGGACACUUAAUGUGCAAUGAAUGCCUAGAACAAGUGAAACGAUCGUUUAAUGAGGAACUUGAUGGAAUUUCCUGUCCAAGAUGUACUAAGACCUCUAAAAUAUAUGACAUUUUUUAUAUUUUUAUCAACGAGUGACUAUUAUAAUUUUAUUUCGUGACUAAUUUUUAUUAUUUGUUAUCAUAAGUGUUUGAAAUAUAUAAAUUACUAUUAUAAUUUUAUAGAUUCAAUGAUACAAAAUUAUCAUGUAAAAUGAUUUGGGGAGGAUAAAGCUUAAAACUGUUCCUCCCCCGAAUUUUGAUUCAUUAAAAUAGUCCAGAAAAUGGGUUAUGUUUUCUUCACUUUAUAAAAUUUUGUCCAAUUUUCUUACGGUACCAAACACUUGAAACAAUCAAUUUUGAAUUUAGAAAGAUUAAGAUCCGAACUGGUAACAAAAUUCCUUCUACUUAGCAAAUAAAUAAAUAUUAAUUUGAAAUGUUUUGUUCCGAAAAUUAAAACAAUCAUCUCUACUAGAAGCACAGCUGUGCUAACUAACUCAAAUGCUUGUAUUAUAAGUGAACUAAAUUAAUCAAUUUUACCACUUUAUACGAUUUAGUUCUUCAUUAUAUCUAUUUUUAAUUGUAAUUUGUUUCUUUUUUGAAGUGUGAAUUGUUAUUUUAAUAAAUGAUAGUAGCUUGACCUACAUUUUGAUUUGGACUGUAUUUAAAAUUUGAGAAGAGACCGUUUUGGGCAUAUGCCUUCUCACAUAAGU